AUGCAGCGCAACAAUAGUAACAGAAGGAAGCCACGAACUGCUCAGACGAAGGCCCGAGCCUGUGGGCAAUACAUCAAACCCUCAUCGAAAGGCGAGGCCGACGUCGUUGGCAAAAGCAAGAGAAUCUGUCCACUGUUGGAUGCCGCAAAAGGCAAACUUCGAGGGCCUUGGGCGGCAGGUAGCGGCUUCUUCACCAGCCAAGACAUUGAUCCUGGAACUUUUAUUGGUGACUACAGCAGUCCAGUUGUUCUAGACAAAGAGUUUGCCGGCGAGAAUCCCGAUGGUUUUGUGAGAAUCGCGCUGGCUGCAUUGAGCAAGCGCAAGCGCAAGCGUGACAGAGCCUAG